AUGACUGCACUUAAAAUCAAAGUUAUAACUCAUGAGCACAAUUAUCUUGCUGCUGCUGGUUUGUUGAAGAAUAAGAUGAAGAAGAAGAUGAAAACAUUUCAGAGUUAUUUACAGACUUUAUUAAAUAAGAAGAUGCUAUCAUCAUCAGAGAAAAUGAGCAAGAAGAAGUUUAAGAUUGUCAUCUCUUUUAAUAAAGAAAAGAAGAAUGAGAAGAAGAAUAAUAACUAG